AUGAAGACCACUGCUAACCCCACCAUGAAGAUCUUGAGGAACAGCCACAUCCUCGGGCUAUUUCUUUGUGCUUCCUGCCUCCCCCUGGCGCUUUCCCACACAGCAUUCACCAUCCCCCCAGAGCUGAAGUCGGCUGUGGUGAAGGUGCCCAUCAACGCCACCUCCUGCAGCGUCACCUGCGGGGUGGGCGUCAGGCUGGAGGAGAUCUGUGAGCUCAGCUCCACGGGGGAGAGGAGCAACUGCACCAUGCACAGGUCCCACUGCCUGGCCAGCUGGACCUGUGGCUUGCUCCACUUCACCAUCCCUGCAGGUGAACCCUUCCAGCUCAGCUGCCUGGCCUCGGACACGCUCAGCUUUGGGAGUGGAGCCUAUAGCUACACGUGGAAGCUUGCCCCAGGCCUCAUCACCACGAAUGAUCUGCUCUUCAAACCCUUCCAAAACCCCAGUGCUGUUCUCAGGUUCUCCCCUGCUGGGGAGGCCAAUGCAGGCACCUACAGGUGUGAUGUGCGCCUGUCCAGGACAGCCAAAGUCGUCGAGAGGAUCUACUUUGGGAUCAGAGUCAUCCAGAAAGACUUAGCAGACCUGGACUUUGAAAGGUCCUUGACUUGGGAACAGAAGUUAGCAGCCAAAGAGCAGGAGGGGAAGACAGAAAAUCCCACUCGUGGAGAAGUGCACCAGCAGCAGCACUUUCGGCAAGGGGGACUGGCUCAGGGCAGCUUGUUGGGAAUUGGAUGUGCAGGGAUGGCAAUUGUCCUGAUAAGCAUGGCUCUCUGCUCCUGGAAGAUUUUGAGGAGGAAAGCUGCAGAGUUAUGA